GUAAGUGUUGAAUUCGGUCUCACUGCGCCAUAGCUUGUCGGUUUUAUAAAUCAACGGAAAUUCGCAAAAAAGUAUCGUUUGAACUCCACUAGCUCAGCACAGAGGAACACAACAAUGGCUCAGCCCCAACCACCAGCCUAUGAAAACAAAAACAUUUAUGCGACACUGCCGCGAACUCAACGAGGCCAGCCAAUUGUGCUGGGCGCUGAUCCUAAGGGCAAAAAUUUCCUCUACACGAACGGGAACUCCGUAAUUAUCCGGAACAUCGAGAAUCCAGCCAUCGCCGAUGUCUACACGGAGCACUCGUGUGCAGUGAACGUGGCCAAAUACUCGCCCAGCGGCUUCUACAUUGCAUCUGGCGACGCCUCGGGUAAGAUUCGCAUUUGGGACACGGUCAACAAGGAGCACCUCCUUAAAAAUGAGUUCCAGCCAAUCGCAGGGCCCAUCAAGGACAUUAGUUGGUCGCCAGAUAACCAGCGCAUUGUGGCUGUUGGCGAAGGUCGCGAGCGUUUUGGACACGUCUUCAUGUCAGAGACGGGUACAUCCGUGGGCGAGAUCAGUGGCCAAUCAAAGUCUAUCAAUUCGGCGGACUUCCGGCCAGCCAGGCCCUUCCGCAUCGUAACAGGUAGCGAAGACAACACGGUCGCCGUGUUUGAGGGACCGCCAUUUAAGUUUAAGAUGACUAAGCAGGAUCACUCUCGGUUCGUCCAAGCAGUCCGCUACUCGCCAGAUGGCAAGUUCUUCGCCUCGGCCGGCUUUGACGGCAAAGUCUUCCUUUACGACGGUACCAGCUCCGAGCUGGUGGGAGAGUUCGGCUCGCCUGCCCACAAGGGCGGUGUAUACGCCCUGGCAUGGAAACCGGACGGUAGCCAGCUACUGACCUGCUCCGGCGACAAGACUUGCCGACUGUGGCAAGUGGAGUCACGUGAGCUGAUUAGUGAGUUCGUUAUGGGAGCUACUGUUGACGACCAACAGGUAUCGUGCCUGUGGCAGGGAGAACACUUGAUUACUGUUUCCCUUUCGGGCGUAAUCACUUAUCUAAACGUCGAAGAUCCCAGCAAGCCACUGCGCGUAGUCAAGGGUCAUAACAAGCCCAUAACCGUAUUGGGUUUGAGCGAUGAUCGCAGCACCAUUUAUACCGGAAGCCAUGACGGUGUAGUGACCAAUUGGAACUCUGGCAAUGGCACCAACGACCGCAUUACUGGAACUGGUCACGGCAAUCAGAUUAACGGAAUCGCUGCCUGGGGUGAUUUCGUCUAUACUUGUGGCAUCGACGACAGCCUGCGUCAGUUCAGCGUUGAGGGAAAUGCUUACACUGAUUAUGUCGUCAAGCUCAAUUGCCAGCCCCGCGGACUCGCUAUUCUGCGCAGCGAGAAUAUCAUCGCUCUGGCCUGCAUCAAGGAGCUGACCCUCGUGCAAGACCAGAAGAAAAUCUUUUCGCUGCCCAUUAAGUUUGAAGCCAGCUCGAUUGCCGUUAACGCGGAUACCUCUGACAUUGCUGUUGGCGGUGAUGACCAAAAAUUGCACAUCUACAGCCUAAAGAACGGAGUUCUAGAGCCCAAAACGGAGAUGGACCAUCAGGGCGCGGUAACAGACGUGUCCUACUCACCGGACCUUAAAUAUCUUGUGGCCUGUGAUGCCCAUCGCAAGGUGGUGCUCUACUCUGUGGAUGAGUACAAGCCUGCCCACAACAAGGAGUGGGGCUUCCACAGUGCUCGCGUCAACACCGUGGCCUGGUCGCCGAACUCUCUACUUGUGGCCAGUGGAUCUUUGGAUACAACCAUCAUCAUCUGGUCGGUGACAAACCCUGCUAAGCACACCAUUAUUAAGAAUGCCCAUCCGCAGUCUCAAAUCACUCGCUUGGUCUGGCUGGAUAACAACACUGUGAUCUCAACUGGCCAAGAUUGCAACACCAAGGUGUGGCAUGUGGAGACAAUUUAAAUGCUGCAGUUUAUACUUAUUCAGGGAGAGAAGUCUGCAGCUCCCUGGCUUCAUUUCAUUUAAGUGCAACAGUUUACAUUAGCUAUUUAUGUCUAUUUUGUCCCUUCGCUCACCUCUUGUCAUGUCUCUAAGUUUAAGCCCAAAGUGUUUGCUAAUCAUAUCAUGGAUAUUCAACCUUUUGUCUGUGUGCUGCCCGAGCAACUUUUUAUACUAUCUAAACUGCGAAAGUUAAACAAAGAUAUAUAAGUACGCCAGCGUACAUAUAUUAUUGUAUUAUGAAAUGAAAUAUACUAGUUUUGCAUA